AAUAAAAAAAAGUGCAACAAUAGAUUACAAUCCAGAGGAGCAGAUUCUAUUCUAAAUUAUUAGUUUGGUCAUUAGUACUGUCAAAAUUUUCAAUAAUAUAUAUCAUUACCAAUUAUGCUUUGCGUGAGCUUUAAUUAUGAAUCCUACUAUUAAAUUCCUCAAAAUUCAUCAUGAUGUAAUAUAGAAAGAUUUUUUUUUUAUUGUACAGAUAUUAAAAGUCCAAUAAAAUCAAAAGAAAAUAAAUUCUUUCUUCAUUUUGUGAUACCUCGUGAAGUCGUGAGUUUUCGGGGAGGUUUUCUCGGGAAAGAAUCUAAGCUUGGAGAGUGAGACACGUCAUCACCGGAAGAGAUCUGAAGAAGGAGUCUACUUCCGAUGGGAACGUUGCAGACAUGGCGUAAAGCUUAUGGAGCUCUAAAAGACACAACCAAAGUCGGGCUUGUCAGAGUUAACAGCGAUUACGCUGAUUUAGAUGUUGCUAUAGUCAAAGCUACGAAUCAUGUCGAGUGUCCUCCCAAAGAUCGUCAUCUCAGAAAGAUCUUCGCGGCAACAGCAGUGACACGUGCUCGAGCAGAUGUUGCCUAUUGUAUUCACGCUCUUUCCCGCCGCUUGCAUAAAACCAGAAACUGGACGGUUGCACUCAAAACACUCAUUGUGAUUCACCGGCUCCUAAGGGAAGGAGACCCUACAUUCAGAGAGGAGCUUCUAAAUUUUUCACAGAGAGGUCGGAUUCUGCAGAUAUCUAAUUUCAAGGAUGAUUCAGGCCCUAUCGCUUGGGAUUGUUCAGCUUGGGUACGUACUUACGCAUUAUUCCUUGAGGAACGGCUUGAAUGCUUCAGGGUUUUGAGAUAUGAUACUGAGGCUGAACUUCUUUCCAAAGCUACCCCAGGGCAGGAUAAGGGGUACAGUAGAACCAGGGAUUUGGAUGGUGAAGAACUCUUGCUUCAGUUGCCUGCUUUGCAGCAGCUUCUCUAUCGUCUCAUUGGUUGCAAGCCAGAAGGCGCUGCUAACCACAAUCAUGUUAUCCAAUAUGCACUCGCUCUGGUGUUGAAGGAGAGUUUUAAAGUCUAUUGUGCUAUAAAUGAUGGAAUCAUCAACCUCAUUGACAAGUUCUUUGAAAUGCCAAAACAUGAAGCCAUCACUUCGCUUGAAAUAUACAAGCGUGCUGGUCAACAGGCUCGUAGCCUUUCUGAAUUCUAUGAAGCUUGUAAAGGGUUGGAACUCGCUAGGAAUUUUCAGUUUCCUGUGUUAAGAGAGCCUCCACAAUCUUUUCUAACAACAAUGGAAGAGUAUAUUAAAGAAGCACCUCGUACUGUCGAUGCCCCAGCUGAACCACUGCUUCUAACUUAUAGGGCAGAUGAUGGGCUUCCUGAUGAAGAUACAGAACCGUCUCAUGAAGAACGUGAAGUUGUGUUGCCUUCAGAUGAUGUCGUUCUUGCAUCUGAAGAGACAGAACAUUCUCCACCGCCUCCUCCUCCUUCAGCUACCACUCAGUCUCAGAACAUCAUCGAUACAGAUGAUCUACUGGGCCUGAACACGGUCGCUCCUGAUGCAUCAGCGAUCGAGGACCAAAAUGCACUUGCUUUAGCCAUCAUCUCAAAUGAUGGGAACACUUCAACGACUCGUUCUUUUCAAGCAAACGAUUACGACCCUACAGGAUGGGAGCUUGCCCUUGUAACAACACCAAGCAAUGAUAUCUCUGCAGCCACAGAUAGGCAAUUGGCUGGUGGCUUAGAUACUCUUACACUGAACAGUCUAUACGAUGAUGGAGCCUACAUAGCCUCCCAACGCCCUGUCUACGGUGCACCAGCUCCCAACCCAUUUGAAGGUGCCGAUCCUUUUGGAGUAUCCAAUGGCAUUCCGCCAGCUGUCAGCAACCCUUUUGGUGCUUACCAGCCAACUUAUCAGCAGCAGCAGCAUCAACUACAGCUAGCAGUUGCACCAAACCCCCCAGCCAAUAAUAAUAGUAACCCAUUUGGUGAUUUUGGGGAAUUCCCGGUUAACCCGGUUUCUCAGCAGCCAAAUACCAGUGGGUUUGGUGAUUUUGCGGUUAACCAACAUAAUAAUCCCUUCCGCAGCACUGGUCUCAUCUGAUUGAUUAUGUUUUCACGUUUGUAUUUCAUUGGUUUUUUUGGUGGAAUGUAGAGAGAGUGAAUUGUCAUUUUUUUUGUGCGAGUAAUAUUAUAAUCCACAUGAUUUGUUUGAUCUAUGCAUAUACGAGUAAAUCCC